UUCAAGAUGGCGGACGAAAUAGCGCGGGAAACAACAAUUUCUUGAGACAGACAUUUUGGCGUAUUUUUACAUUUUCCGAGCAAUAGUAGUCAGCGUCAGGCAUCAUUAACCGAUAAUUUCUUUAUUUUUAACAAAAUGGGGAAAAAAUCAUCCAAAGGCAAGGAGAAAAAGCUCAAAAGGAAGGAGGAAAUGGCCAAAGUUAGUGCUGCCCAAGCUGUUAUUGAUGUUGCUAAUGAGGUGAAAGAUCCCUUGGCACCACUAACUGCCUUCAAGACAUUCAAAAGAAAUGGGUUGGAUCUCUGCAUUGAAUGCAAACGACUACAAGACAUGCCUACUGAGGAUAUCAACUGGGCAUUUGACCUCACAAAACACAACAUGCAAUUACUUUAUGAAAAUAGCAGCUGGGGAUGGAAUGACAAAAAGAAGAAAGAAGAAAUGACAGAAGAUAAAUCACGAUAUUUGAUUGCCAGGGCAGAAUCUGGAAAAGCUGUGGGAUUCUCACAUUUUAGGUUUGACUUGGAGGAAGGAGAUGAAGUGCUUUACUGCUAUGAAAUCCAAGUGGAAUCUGAGGCAAGGGGCAAAGGACUUGGGAAAUUCCUAAUGCUGAUUUUAGAGAUGAUGGCUCACAGAGCCCAGAUGAAGAAAGUCAUGCUAACAGUGUUUAAGGAGAAUGAGAGAGCGCAAAAUUUCUUCAUCAAGAUUAUGAAGUUCCAGACAGAUGAGACUUCACCAGCCAUCUGGGAUCCAAUGAACUCUGAGGAUUAUUGUUAUGAUAUCCUGAGCAAAACUUUGGUGAGAAAAGCUUCUACAAACAGUGACAUGGGCACCAAAGACACAGCUGCUUAAACCUUCAUUAGACUUUUUUAUCAACCCCCAUCUUCUUAUUCUAUCGUAUCCCCUACUCCCUGUCAUCCAUUUCCUUUCCUAUGCACUUAACUAAUUAUUGUUAAUGUUUAUUGAGAAAAGGAAAUAAUUGCAUUCAGAUGUCUCUGAGAAGAUUAUGAUGAGUGUAAAAGUGUGAGGAAUCCUAUUUUAAGUCUCCUAAGUUAGACUCCUCCAUUUAUAACUUAAGCUUAUUUCUACUGCUAAUCAGAAUGUUUCAGCAUGAUCACUUAGGUAAUUGUAAAAGUGUAUGUUCAUUAGUUUUAUGGAGUAUAAAUUAGGUUUUAGAGAAACUCUUGCAAGGAAGGCUUAAUCAGUUUUGACUCAUGGCAAGUGCUCUUAAUUAUGCUUGCAAGAACACAGACUUAUACUAUGUAAAAUGUAAGUUGAAAAAAUUGUUUUCAGUGUAUCAUGAGUUUGGGAAAAACUUCCCCAUGAGAAAUCAAACUUCAGACCUAAGGAUUCCCCAUUUCAUCACUCCACCACCAGGCUAUCACUAAGUUCCAAUUUAUCACACAUUCUACUUACUACAGCUAAAUAGUAAUAGAGAUAAAUAGUUAGAGUAAAUUUUUAAAUAGUAUUAGCAGUUCAGCAGCAAUUGAGCUAAAGAGAAAGAGGUGAAAUAGCUUUUGCUUAUAGCAAAACUUUUAAGAAAAUGAAAUAAACCAGGCUGAUUUGUAUUUGUUCUUUUGCUAAGGUGACAACAUUUUGUUACAGAAUAUGUUAACUUUUACCAAAGAGAUUACUCUUAACUGAUGUGGUGAUAACUUAACCAGCAUGGUGAAAGUUAAUAAAAACUGUUUUGAGA